CGUUUUGUAUAAACAAAACAAAGAGGCGAUAGGUUUUAUAAACCGCUUUCUUCCCCGCAACGAUUUUCUUGGACCCCACCAUCCGCGCCUACCGCUCCCCACUUCCAAGCAUCAGCAUAUUGUAUAUAGAAACCUACUCGACCAUGACCGCUCCUUCGACUCGAUCCGCCUCCACUGGUACCUCCAAGGUGACCCGGAUCCUCAGGAAACUUGCUCUUUUCUCGGUUUUGCUGGCCUCUACCGCGAAUGCCUGCACCCCGGCUACGUGCGAGAUCGCCUAUGACCCCCUGUUCGUCACUGCUCACAGGUCCACCUACUUGACCCUGGUUGUCCGUGGCAAAUACUCAAGAACGAUCAGGACUGAGUGCCCUUUGGGAGGAGAAAAAUUUGGAAUAGUUGUGUGCUCGGAUGACAAUGUCUUCUGCUACACUAUUGACUGCCACGUUGAUUACGUCGAUCUGAGGGUUUUACACUUCAAUGCCCUGCAGUACCCUCUCAAUGGCCCCCAAGAAACUAAAAGGGACCCGGUUGAUUGGAAACUUCAUGAUUAUUUUUGGGCCUGUGUUUAAUAGCAAGGGUCCUUCACUAUCCAUCGACCGGCCUGUAAUCAUAGUAAAAAAAUGUCGAAAUAAAUGGCUCGCUGUCGUGCGUCCAUGCUGGU